AUGGGGUUUAGCGACGGAGCCGUUGUCAAACUGCUACACGAAAUCGUAGGCGAUCAAAGUGUUCCCCAAGUGGAACAAUUCCCAAGUUUUGGUGGCCUUCGAAAGCAUGAUUUCCCCACUCCAUUGGUUUUCGUGUUCUGUGGUGAGAGUUGGCCGACUUCUUUACAAUCCUGUUCCUUACAAGAAAUGGGAAGUUGCUCUUUCUCCAUGGCGCCAGACGACUCACUCACAUCACUGCAGCUUGAGCCGCUUUCGAUUAUUGAUGAGGAGGGAUCUGCAUCCGGUGACUGCGGUUCGCGAGGGGCUCUGAUGACUCGGUUCCAACUGGUGGGCACAGUGUUUGUCAUAGAACGUUAUCAACUCUUUUCCACGAAAGACUCGGCAUCUAAAUCAUUUUCAGAAGAAUGCAACGAGGUGACUAGGUCGACUGUCAUUGUCCGCGUUACGAUUGAUGCAAGCAGAUCUCUUGGUGACCAGAAGGUUGUGGCUCGCCCAGUGGUGCUCUCGGAGGAUGAGGGAUUGCACCAUGCGUUUUUUAACACCCUCAAACCAGUGGUUCGGUUGAACAUGUCGAAUUGUGAUGAAGCUUCCGACAGUAGCGCCACAUUUGGUAGUUCACCGAGCGAUGCGGAGAGUGGUCAGGGCCUUUCAGGAUCACAAAGUAGUGGAGACAGCAACAGUGACUGGACUAAUGGCCUAUCCUAUGGAAAUUGUGCUGCGGAGCCCACGCCACUUCACCCGAAUCCAGUUGAUUCGCACCCGGCGCCUGGCACUGUUCAUGGUGAUGCCGUGGACAAGGCCUGUGAACCGUCCAUUUUUCCAAGUGCAUCACUUCCUACUGGUUUCGAUCUCCGCCGCGCAACAAUUUACAGCAUGCUUGAUCAAGAAGCGUACCAGAACAUUGAUGUGUACAGGGGUUGGAAUAAUUUAACCGAUGAGUGGAGUGACGUGAGCCGCCCCGCUGUUGUUAACCUCAUCGACGUUAUCGUCACCUGUUUGAAGUGUUCACGCGCUGCCGCACAUGCUGCUAUCUCGUACUUAGACGCCUACGUGGCCGGCGUGGACAACCUGCCGAGGGGGCGGACUUUCUUCAGCGGCAUUGUUCAUGCCUGCGCUGUUUUGGGUUGCAAACAGGUGGAUCAUUUCUUUUCUCCAACCAAGCAGUUUAUGGAGUACCUUCGUUCCUCUUGCCGGAUUACUGGGAAGGACUUUGUUCGCUUUGAGCUUGAGGUGCUGGUAAAACUGGACUUCCGCCUGCAGCAGCUUACAUCUUUGGAGAUUGUUGAAACCCUCCUGCACCUCUGUGGUGGCGCUGCUAUCGAGGAGGCACUGGAGGCACGGUGCCGACGGCGGGAACUGGCUCGUUGGGACAAAGCUGCUGCGUGGGAUGCAGAGAGCACAACAAAGGUUGACUGUGAGGGCACUUUACGGGGCUUGGACCAAUGGUUGAAGCUUUGUGACUGUGCUCGCCUCCUUAACGACGUUGUUGUGCGUGAGACAAGGUCGACGAUGCUCCGUCCCGUCGUUUUAGGCGUUGCAAUCGUGGUGGUUGCGGCAAGGUGGGUCGCGUACCGCCUUCCACAACCACUGCUUGAAUUAGUCCCCACGAGGUUCGCAAGCGCAGCGUGGGCUGAUGAGGGGCCAGUGUUGGACGAAAUGAGCUUCCAGCUUCUGGUCACCUUUGCCGAACGCGCGAGGUUGCGUGACGACGAUCAAGCCCAUUGUGGCAUCGGUGAGGAAUUGAUUACAGGCCUUGAGUUUGUCGAAGAGUGCCUUCGGUUUUGUGACGGAGGGACUCUGGACGAGGUUCUUCGCCAGCGGUAUCGUCACACAUUAAAAUCAUAG